CUGUGGGUCUGCAAGCAAAGGGAGAAGAUGGCGGCGCUGGGAGAACCUGUGCGACUGGAGAGGGAUAUUUGUAGAGCAAUUGAAUUGUUGGAAAAACUGCAAAGGAGUGGAGAGGUACCACCACAGAAACUGCAGGCUUUACAAAGAGUCCUUCAAAGUGAAUUCUGCAAUGCUGUAAGAGAGGUGUAUGAACAUGUCUACGAGACUGUGGACAUCAGUAGCAGUCCCGAAGUGAGAGCUAAUGCGACUGCAAAGGCUACUGUUGCUGCAUUUGCUGCCAGUGAAGGACAUUCUCAUCCUCGAGUUGUUGAGCUCCCCAAAACAGAAGAAGGCCUUGGAUUCAAUAUUAUGGGAGGCAAAGAACAAAACUCUCCAAUCUAUAUAUCCCGAAUAAUUCCAGGUGGAAUUGCUGAUAGACACGGGGGUCUCAAGCGUGGAGAUCAACUCCUUUCUGUUAAUGGAGUGAGCGUUGAAGGAGAACAUCAUGAAAAAGCUGUAGAACUGCUGAAAGCAGCUCAAGGAAAGGUUAAAUUAGUAGUACGGUACACACCCAAGGUCUUGGAAGAAAUGGAGUCACGCUUUGAAAAAAUGAGAUCAGCAAAACGCAGGCAACAGACCUAAAACUUUACAUUCCUUUUUGCUUUUAGCUAGAGAAGUUUUACUUGUGACCUACUGAUGGCUGCAAUGCCAAUGAUUAUAAAAAAAAAAAAAACAAACUUCCCGUGAAAUCCUCCUUGCCAUUUUAUAAAUGCCUAUUUUAACAUCAUUUAUGGUUCCAGAGAUACAUACACUUUUUUCUGACAAGAAAACGUAAAAAGGUGAUGAGGGCAAUUCUGUCCUGCUGUUUUUACAGGCCUUUUUCAACAAAUGCAGAUUUUGUCAUAAAGUUGUUAUAGAUUUUUAAAAAUGCUUUUUUAAUAUUAAAAUGUACUUUUACAUUCUUAACCUUUUUUUAGGGAAAAAAAGUUUUCUUUAUUUGGCUGCUUAUUUAAAAAUAACAGUUCUCCAUUCUUUUCUUUGCUUUUUUUUUUUCACCUGUAACAUUUCUUUAUGGUUUUCUAAGAAAUUAAACAUAACAGUCUCAGCUACAGCAGUUUAUUACACUAUCAAUAUUAACAUCGCUGCUGUGUUUUGUAUUUGGAACACACACAUAAUAUAUAUUAUCAAUGGUAAAUUAUAACUCAGCACAGUGGAAGUUUCUUACUUUUAUUUAA